AGUUAAGACUCCCAAAGACUUUUAUAAUCUUUUGUUGUUGGGACGAGAGAGAUCUCAAAACACACAGAAGCAAGCACGCACGCACGCGCACGUGAGGACCCUUCUCCAUGGCUUUGGAAAAUUCCAAAUAUUUUUUUUAUAGUUCCACGUGUCAGUCAGCAGAUCCACCUGUCUUCUUCAUUUGUGCCUUUUUUUAUUUUUUUUUGUUUCCCACUCUCUUCUGUCGUGUUCCGUCUUCCUCUGUGUGAGAUUUGUCUUCGUCUUCUUUUGUAUGAUUGUAUCAGUGUGAGAGAAGCCAACAACCACCGAAAAUCUCCAAACUUGCUCGGUUCUUCUUUGCCGAUGAGAAAUAUCUACAAAUGUUGAAACUUGCACCCAGAUUCAUCUCUGUUUACUCAACUCUCAUCCACAUUAUCGCCUCCUUCCUCUGUUCCUCCGACGUCAGAGGCGAUUUCCCGGCUACUAGAUUCGAUUUCGGAACGUUGACUCUCUCUAGCCUCAAGCUUCUCGGCGAUGCUCAUCUCAACAACGGAACCGUCAAGCUCACUCGUGACCUCUCUGUUCCCACUUCCACCGCCGGUAAAGCUCUUUACGGCAAACCCGUUAAAUUCCGCCACCCGGACACUCUUUCUCCGGCGAGCUUUAGUACGUACUUCUCCUUCUCGGUUACCAAUCUCAAUCCUUCUUCCAUUGGCGGUGGAUUAGCUUUCGUUAUCUGCCCUGAUGAAGAGUACAUCGGAUCCUCCGGUGGGUUUCUCGGCCUUACCGAAGAUACCGGAUCCGGGUCGGGCUUUGUGGCGGUUGAAUUCGACACGUUGAUGGAUGUGCAAUUCAAAGACGUUAACGGGAACCACGUGGGAUUGGAUCUAAACGCCGUCGUUUCAGCCGCCGUAGCAGAUUUGGGAAACUUCGACAUCGACCUCAAGAGCGGAAACGCCGUGAACUCAUGGAUCACUUAUGACGGGUCGGGCCGGGUUUUAACCGUUUACGUCUCUUACUCGAACGUGAAACCCAAAUCGCCGAUUUUGUCGGUUCCUCUCGAUCUCGACCUUUACGUUAGCGAUUCAAUGUUCGUUGGAUUCUCAGGAUCAACACAAGGAAGCACUGAGAUUCACAGUAUAGAUUGGUGGAGCUUUACUUCAUCUUUCGAAUCGUUUGAAUCUCCACCGCCAAUGUCUGAGUCUCCUCCUCCGUUGUCGCCGUCGCCGUCAUCAAUUUCACCGUCCGUAUCCACCGUCCGGAGAAAAACAGCUGAUCCUUCUUCUCCUUGCCGUAACAAACUCUGUAAAAAAUCACCAGCCGCCGUCGCCGGAGUAGUAACCGCCGGAGCAUUCUUCUUAGCAUUGUUCGCCGGAGUGAUAAUCUGGGUUUACUCCAAAAAGAUCAAAUACAAUCGAAAGUCUGAAACUUUCGCAUCGGAAAUCAUCAAAUCUCCGAGAGAAUUCACUUACAAGGAGCUUAAAUUAGCCACCGACUCUUUCAGCUCAGCGAGAGUCAUCGGAAACGGAGCAUUCGGCACCGUAUACAGAGGAAUCUUACCAGACUCCGGAGAGAUCAUCGCAGUCAAAAGAUGCAGCCACAUUUCUCAAGGAAACACAGAAUUCUUAUCGGAACUGUCUCUAAUCGGAACACUUCGUCACCGGAAUCUUCUCCGUCUCCAAGGCUAUUGCAGAGAAAAAGGAGAAAUUUUGUUGAUUUACGAUCUAAUGCCCAAUGGAUCACUUGAUAAAGCACUCUACGAGUCUCCGACGACGUUACCGUGGCCUCACCGGAGAAAAAUCCUUCUUGGAGUCGCUUCUGCUUUGGCUUAUUUGCAUCAAGAGUGUGAGAAUCAGAUCAUUCACCGUGAUGUCAAAACGAGCAACAUUAUGCUCGACGCUAAUUUCAAUCCCAAAUUAGGCGAUUUCGGACUCGCUAGAGAAACAGAGCACGAUAAAUCUCCCGACGCAACCGCCGCCGCCGGAACGAUGGGGUAUUUAGCGCCGGAAUAUUUGCUUACCGGUAGAGCAACGGAGAAAACCGACGUUUUUAGCUACGGAGCCGUUGUUCUUGAAGUAUGCACCGGUCGAAGACCCAUAACACGAACCGAACCGGAACCCGGUUUAAGAUCGAGUUUGGUAGAUUGGGUUUGGGGUUUGUAUAGAGAAGGGAAACUAUUGACGGCGGUGGACGAGCGGUUAAGGAACGGCGGAGAAUUCAACCCGGAAGAGAUUACUCGGGUUUUGAUGGUGGGCCUUGCUUGUUCGCAACCCGACCCGGUAAUACGGCCCACAAUGAGAAGUGUGGUUCAGAUUCUAGUUGGGGAAGCUGACGUACCGGACGUUCCUAUUGCGAAGCCGUCAUCGUCGAUGAGCUUUAGCACGUCGGAGCUAUUGCUUACGUUACAAGACAGUGUAUCGGAUUGUAACGAAGCUUUGGCUCCGAUCUCUACGACUUCUUGUUCGUCCUCCGAACAUGACAUCUUUAUUGUCGGCAAGGACCGAUCGGUUUAAAUCAUAUUUAAUCAAAUUAUAAAAUUGGAAGCAAAAUUUUGUAAAAAUAAACAAAAACCAAAACAUUUAUACUAAUUCUUCUUAAAAUGUUGGAAUUUACAUGUAAUUUUUCUAUUCUAUUUUUAAUAAUUCUUGGUUUUGGAA